GUCAAAAUGGCGGCGGUGGGGUAAGCAAUCGAUUUUGUAUGUGUCCCUGCUAGUUUUCUUGAGUGUUCCGGUGGUGAGAGUUAUUUUUGUUUUAUACUUUUUAGAUCUGUUGCAGUGAAACUAAUACGGCUGAAACUGAGUAUUUUUCAGCUUUUUUAGUCAGUCUGCUUUUCACUGUUGCGUUCAAGCUUAUCAAAUGAGGGAGUAGGUACUUUUUUGAAUGUGAAAGCUGAAAGGUACAAUGACAAAAUUUAAGUUUUAGACGGAGUUUACUCCUUUUCAUUAUACAUUAUAUGAAAAGAGCUUGUGUCAGAAUCCUGCCAUUUCCCACAAGAUUCCAAUAUACUAGCUUUUUUAUAUAAUUGAUUUACAUUGAAGUAAAGAAAAUACAACAAAUAAUUUAUGUAUUAAUAGUAGAAUGAUUUUUAUGCGCCAAAAAACUAUUGUUGGCAAGUAAUAAAUUAUCAAAAUUCACUUAUACAUCAAAUAAAAAUUUGUAUGCCUCAAUCCUUCUAAUGUACCAGUAGUCACUUCCAUUAGAAAACGAAUUAUACUUAUUCUGAACAAAAAGCCGACCGCUUAAGUAGUCAAAGAUUAUAUACUCGUAAGUAGUUACAGAAAUAUUCAUCUUUUAAAGUGAAUAAUCGUUUGGACAACAUAUAACCACAUACAAAUCGACUAUUGAAAAUAUUUUUGACAAUCCCACCCUACCAUACAUACGUUAUCUGUCACAAUAUCAUAGUAUAUAUAAAUAUUUAACGAGUAGGUAUUUCGUAUUCGUUUCAGCAUUUUUCUGCUGGGUAUUUCAAUUUAGUUGUUUAUCCUUCUAAAUAAUUAAUUUUCAAUAUAUUUUGUAAAAAUGGGUAAAAUAAAGGCAGGUACAGUUGUGGAUAUCCUUGGAGAUGAAAUGACGAGAAUAAUUUGGGAUGAUAUAAAGAACAAACUAAUUUUGCCCUAUUUGGAUAUUGAUUUAAAAGUUUAUGAUUUGGGAAUAGAAAACCGUGAUAAAACAAAUGAUCAGGUAACUGUAGAUUGUGCAGAAGCUAUGAAAAAAUACCAUGUAGGUGUAAAAUGUGCAACAAUUACGCCUGAUGAAAACAGGGUUAAAGAAUUCAAUCUCAAACAAAUGUGGAAAAGUCCUAAUGGUACUAUCAGAAACAUUGUCGGUGGAACUGUCUUUAGGGAACCCAUUCUUUGCAAAAAUAUUCCUAGGUUAGUUCCAGGAUGGCAGAAACCAAUUAUAAUUGGAAGGCAUGCUCAUGCUGACCAAUAUAAAGCUACAGAUAUUGUUAUACCUGGAGAAGGAAAAUUGGAAUUGGUAUAUACUGCCAAAGGAGGUGAUGUACAAAAAUUCAUUGUUAAUGAAUACAAGGGACCUGGUGUAGCAAUGGGUAUGUUUAAUACCGACGAUUCAAUCAUAGCUUUCGCCCAUUCAUGUUUCAAAUAUUCUCUCGAAAGAGGAUAUCCUCUUUAUCUCAGUACCAAAAACACUAUUUUAAAACGGUACGAUGGAAGAUUCAAGGAUAUUUUCCAAGAUAUUUACGAUCGCGAAUACAAAUCCAGUUACGAAGCAAAGAAAAUCUGGUACGAACACAGAUUAAUAGACGAUAUGGUUGCUUAUUGUAUGAAGUCAGAAGGAGGAUUCGUUUGGGCUUGUAAGAAUUACGAUGGGGAUGUACAAUCCGAUUCGGUGGCUCAGGGAUACGGAUCUUUGGGUCUAAUGACAUCAGUUUUGAUCAGUCCUGAUGGUCAAACUGUUGAAGCUGAAGCGGCUCACGGUACAGUAACCAGACAUUAUCGUAUGUAUCAACAAGGUAAAGAAACCUCCACCAAUCCCAUAGCUUCAAUUUUUGCUUGGACUAGAGGACUCCUCCACAGAGCCAAGUUAGACAAUAAUCAAGAAUUGGCUAAAUUUGCAAAUGCUUUGGAAGAUGUUUGCGUUGAAACUAUUGAAUCUGGUUUCAUGACUAAAGAUUUGGCUAUUAACAUAAAGGGCAUGAAUAAAGUUACAAGAGCUGAUUAUAUGGAAACUUUCGAAUUUCUUAACAAAUUAGCUGAAAACUUGAAGAUUAAGCUGAGCAAAAACUAAACACUGGAAUAAUUAUAAAUAAACAAAAACAAAUCGCAUAUAUUCUGCCAGAUGGAUAAAUUGAUUUUUUUUAAUAUUUGAAAAAGUUAUUGAAUAUUUUAAUUAGUUUCAGUAUUAUGUCUUUGAUUCCUGCAAUAAUAACACAACUCAAAAUUUGAUUAUGAAGUUAUAGGUUAGACCAUUUUAGAUCAUAAUUUUGUAAACAAUUUUUAGGUGUAUCAUUUUUACAGAUAUUAAAACAUUUGUUACUGAAACUUUUAUAUGGUUGAGGCCACCCUAAUAUAAGAUGAAGUAAUGAUAAA